AUGCUGAGCGCGGCAGACUUGAAGGCCAUCAAUGAGGCUCUAGUGACUUUCAAAGCUCUUGAACUCGCCGGCCACGAAGUUUCCAAAGAAACGUUUCCAUUGCCGAACGAUUUAAGCGAAAGACUCUCUUCUGCUGCCUAUGAGGUUCACCGGGGCCGUGGCCUUUGCCAGAUCCAAGGCUUGGAUCCUACGCUUUACUCGGAGGCCGACAAUCUCCUAGUCUUCCUUGCAAUUGCCAACUACAUUGGAGACAAGCGGGGCAUUCAAGACAAAAAAGGAAAUGUGAUAACUCACAUCACCGAUGCAAAGGCCUGGACAGUCCCGUAUGAGAAGCGUCAUGUUGUUCACACAAACCAGCAUCUAACGUGGCAUUGCGACAUGGGUGCCGAUGUUCUAGCCCUCCAAGUGCGCCAAGUCGCCGCAAGGGGCGGAGCUACCAUGGUAGCUUCGUCUUGGAAAAUCUACAAUAUCGUCGCUUCUGAGCGACCGGAUGUGAUCCGAGUUCUAGCCGAACCAAACUGGCCUGUCCAUGUCUCCAACCGCAAGUCUCGUCAUGUCCUCGCCUCUCUGCUGGAGUUUCAUGACGGCAAGCUGCUGAUGAACUUCGACCCGAGCCGAUUGGGAACUCAUCCGGCCAUGAAGCCCCGCCGCUCGCGGCCCGUCGCUAUACCCUCCCUCACAGAGGCCCAACAGGAAGCACUUCGCGUGGUGGCGGCUGUCGCGGAAAGGAAUAGCUUACAGCUUGGCACCAAGGCGGGAGACAUCCUAUUCAUCAACAACUGGGCUCUCCUUCACGCGCGUAGUGCGUAUACGGAUUCCGGUGAGGAGGCCGAGGGUCAAGGGACAGUCAACCAACGGCGCCAUUUACUUCGCCUCUGGAUUCGAAACUCGCAGCUGGGCUGGAAGAUUCCAGAAAACCUUCGAGCUCCUUGGGAGGCGGCUUUCAGCUACGCGGACGAGGGCUAUGUUUCGGGGGACCAUCAGAACGGUGCAGUCACUCAGCUAAGAUAUCCCGUCAUGCCAGAACCGGAUUACAAGCCAGCAAGAUACACGACCGGAUCCGCUGCAUUCGUAAUUGAAGACAGCGAGAGCGAGUAUGACGAUGAGUGA